AUGGCCGUGUUAUAUCAGGCGGUUUGCAGCUUUAUUGUAUGCUACGCUUGCUUAACCAUGGGCCUGAUGUACGCUUGGCCCUCUUCAACCCUGAGGCUGUUCUCGUCCGCCAACACGACCCUGAACCGACCGAUGAGCGAGACAGAAGUAGCGCUGCUAGGAAGCCUGUCAUCCAUCGGAGCCCUUCUUGGAACACCAGUGUCUGGUUUCCUACUUGACACGCUUGGCAGAAAGUACAGCUGUAUGCUGUUUUCUUUGCCUCAAGUGAUCGCUUGGGCCAUUGUAUCAAUGAGUAACCGAGUCGAAGCAAUCCUUGCGGCAGUUUUCAUAUCGGGAAUUGGCGGCUGCACCUUGUUGGUGGUGCCGGUCUACGUCAGCGAAUUCUGCGUGGAGUCUAUCAGGGGGAUGAUGACCUCAGGGGCGAUGAUCUCGUACGGCCUAGGGUUGCUGACGUCGUACCUCCUCGGCGGAUGCCUGGAGUACAACUCAAUGAACUACGUGUUCCUCUCGCUAUCCGUGUUGGGUGUCGUGAUGCUGUGGCCUUUGAAGGAGUCGCCAAUGUAUUUGAUGAAGAGGGGCCUAGAAAAGGACGCAGCCAAGGCUGUAGCUUUCUACAGGCAAGUGAAAGAGAAUUCAAUGGUGGUUGCGAACGAAAUAGCGACCAUGAAGAGGGCCCUUAAUCCUGAACUUGAUGAUCUUACUCCAGAGGAAGAGAAACUGAAACCAGAUUUGAACACUAAGGAGAAGAUAUCGAAAUGGAAGUUUAUCAAGAAGUCGCGGUCUACUCGCCGCGCGAUGUACGUGUCGCUGACUCUUUACACGGCGGCCAUCUUCCAAGGGCUGGUGGUGGUGCAGGUCUACGCGGAGCCACUCUUCGAGGAGGCCAUACCUAGCAUGUCCACGACGCUCUCCAGCGUUCUCCUGGCCAUCAUCACUGUGAUAGCCGGCUGUGUAGCCGCCUAUCUUGUCGACUGGGCUGGAAGAAGGGUAAUCAUGAUUUUCGCUUCCAUCGGCGCCGGAGUCUGCUGUUUGGUGCUUGGCACUCAGAUCCACUUGCAAUGGGGACCGCACUGGAUCACCGGCGUCUUCAUCUACCUGUUCUGCAUCACUUACACCUUCGGAGCGGGCACCGUACCGUUCGUGCUUGUGGCCGAGGUGUUUUUACCAGAGACUUCUGCUAAACCCGAGGGUUUGCAGGUGGCUUGGCUUAUAGUAUCCUUAAGCCACAGGGUGGAAGCGGUCCUCGCUGCAAUGUUCAUAUCAGGAUUUGGUGGAUGCAUUCUGCUUCUUGCUCCAGUCUUCGUCAGCGAGUUCUGCGAGGAGUCUGUGCGCGGAAUGAUGACAUCUGGUUCGGUUGUAUCAUACGGUCUCGGGAUACUCGUCUCGUAUCUGUUAGGAGGCUGUCUGGAGUACGAGACGAUGAUAUACGUCUGCCUCACGAUGUCAGUGAUUGGAGUCGUGAUGCUGUGGCCACUGAAAGAGUCACCGUUGCAUUUGAUGAGGAAAGGUCUGGAGAAGGAUGCUGUAGAAACUGUGGCGUUCUAUCGACGAGUGAAGAAAAGCUCAAAUGAAGUGACGCAAGAAAUAAUUGCAAUAAAAAGAGCUCUGAACCCGGUACUAGAGGAUAUGACGUCAGAGGGAGAACCGUUGAAAGCAGAAAUUAAGAAGGAGCAAAAGAUUUCGAAGUGGUCAUUUCUUAAAAAGUCCCGCUCCACUAGACGGGCGCUAUUUGUGGCUGUGACGCUGUACACCGCCACGAUGUUCCAAGGUCUGGUGGCUGUGCAGGUAUACGCCGAUCUAGUCUUCGAGGAGGCCCUCCCGCAUAUACCUUCGACAGUUUCUUGCGUCGUGUUGGCAGUACUUACGGUGGUCACGAGUUGUUUCACCGCUUAUUUGAUGGAUAUUGCCGGAAGACGUCCUCUAAUGAUCUAUUCGUCGCUUGGUGCGGGAGUGUGUUGCUUGGUACUUGGCACCCAGAUCCAUCUGCAUUGGGGCUCGCACUGGAUAACCACGGUCUUCAUCUACCUGUUCUGCAUAACGUACAUAUUCGGCGCUGGUACAGUGCCUUACGUGUUCGCAGCGGAGGUGUUUCUACCCGAGAUCAAGAGCUUAGUGUCAAUGCUGUCGAUGGAGUGGGCCUGGAUGUGUAACUUUGUCAUUCUUUACAUCUUCACGCCCCUCGUGUCUGCUAUCGGCCUCGGUCCCGUGUUCUACAUCUUCGCCGGCGUCUGCUUUGCCUCUACCCUAUUCUCCUUCUUCUUCCUACCGGAGACGAAAGGACUGCCCGUCGACGUCAUUCAGACGAUACUGGUCAAGAAGAAAGAACAGAAAAUCGCAUGC